CACCUUCAGCGUCAAACAUGUCGUCGUGCUGUGUCGCCAUCGUCGGCGUUGGUCUCGUCGGCAAGCAGGUCGUGCAGCAGCUCACGAGCCCGGCCCUGAGCGGCCUGUUCAAGAUCGUCAGCCUCACCAACAGCAAGCACACGCUCGCUCUGUCGCCCUCGGCCCCGACCCUCGACGCCAAGACGCUCCUGUCGCUCCUGCCCGCCUCGUCGCAGCCGCUCCCCACCGAGUCGGCGCACCCGGCCGCGUCCUACUCGCCCGCGAGCCCGACCGAGCUCGUCAAGAAGCUCGCCGCCGACGCGCGCGCGUCCAAGCAGCACACGAUCCUGAUCGACUGCACCUCGGACCUCGCCGUCACCGAGCUGUACCCGGCCGCCAUCUCGUCGGGCCUGUCGGUCGUCACGCCCAACAAGAAGGGCUUCUCGAGCUCGAGCGACCUGUUCCAGCAGGUCGUCGACGCCCAGUCGGCGCCCAACGCCGGCCUCGUCUACCUCGAGGCGACCGUCGGCGCCGGCCUGCCCAUCAUCUCGACCCUGCGCGACCUCCUCAAGACGGGCGACGAGGUGACCAAGAUCGAGGGCGUCUUCAGCGGCACGAUGAGCUACAUCUUCAACAACUUCUCGCCCGCGACUCCCGCCGACGGCCCGGCCCCCAAGUUCUCCGAGGUCGUCAAGGUCGCCAAGGAGAACGGCUACACUGAGCCGCACCCUGCCGACGACCUGUCGGGCUCGGACGUCGCCCGCAAGCUCACCAUCCUGUCGCGCCUCCUGUCGAUCAACCCCUCGUCGCUCGCGGCGCUCCCCUCGCUUCCCGACGGCUACGCGUCGCUCGACACCGAGACGCUCAUCCCCUCGGCGCUCGCCGACUGCAAGACGGGCGACGAGUUUGUCCAGCGCCUGCCCGACCACGACGCCGAGUUUGAGCAGCUGCGCGCCGAGGCCGAGAAGGAGGGCAAGGUGCUGCGGUACGUCGGCGUCAUCGACCGCGAGGCGGGCGUCGUCAAGUGCGGCCUCGAGAAGUACCCGGUCUCGCACCCGUUCGCGUCGGCCCUGAGCGGCAGCGACAACAUCGUCGCGUUCCACACGGCGCGCUACUCGCAGCGCCCGCUCAUCGUCCAGGGCGCCGGCGCCGGCGCCGACGUGACGGCCAUGGGCGUCGUCGCCGACGCUAUCAAGGUCGCUGAGCGCAUGGGCGUGCGGGUCCACCUGUAGACGGUCGAGGAGGAGGAGGAGCGAAGGGUGAAAAGGCGCUGCGUCUCGCGCUCAAUCUC